UAUCCUCAACCGUAAUGGCGGCCUCCAUGCAACAUUUUUCGUUACAAGACUGUAAAGGAGCACUACAGGAAAUUUUAUAUGCAUUUCGUGAACCUGGCAAUGUGCGUAGACUGGAUGAAGCCCGAGAUCAUGCUGGAAAUGACAUGUUACGGGCCAUGCAGACCGUGUUCCCUGUAGCAUCACAAAUACAAAUGGAAGUUAUAGAAAAAUAUGGGUUCCCUUCUGACGGCGAUGGGGUCAUACGAUUCACACAGGCUGUGAAAGUUUACGAGAAACAAGACCAAGAUGUUGCACAACUCAACAGUCAGCUUCGAGCCAUACUUAUCCCACCUAUAGCAGCACAGGGUCCCAGUACCAACGGGUCAUGACACAAGACAUUUAAAAUUUCACUGUUAUGAAUGACUAAAUGUGUGAAUAUGUUGAUGUAAAACCGUAUUUUUAGUGCUUUUACACAUAAUUUAUUGUUACAGUAGAUCUGUAGUUAUGUGUUGUGAAUGAAAGGGUAUCAGUUGUAUACUUUGUAUAUAUAUUUAUGAUUGUAACACGAUAUAUAUGCUUCCAGUGCAUGUAAGAACAAUAAUUCAUCUUUUAGCUCAUCUGAUUUUUUUUUAUUGUCAUCACUUGAUCAACGUUGGCGUUGCCUGGUUAAGUUUUAUGUUUAGGUCAGCUUUUCUCCUAAACCAUCUUGGCCCUCUUAUUUAUGCAAUUUUGUAAGCUUCCUUAGUGUCUAAACUCAGACCAUUCUAAUUUCAACAAAGUUUAGAAGUAGACAUUAAUAUUCCAGAUGUAGUGUCAAAACCUUCAUAAUUAUACAUUAUGUAUAUGUAACAUGUUUGGUUGUAUUAUAUAAAUAAAAGGGGCUAGUGAGUGUGAUAUGGGAUAUUGUCAACAUGAGGAAAGUAGUAACACUAGAGGCACUAGCUUGAGGAAGUUAUGUUUUGAAGGUUGACAAUUUUCUCAUCUCACCCAAACAGGCCUGUGUUAUUUUGUUUUAUCAUACAGGAAAACAUAUCCCCAAAGAUGGCAACAUUUGUUUUCUUCAAAACAGGGUAAAAUAUGUAUUUAGAAAUAGGAAGGACUCCUUAAUAAUAUUUAGGUGGGACUUAUUUGAACGCUUGUUGGUACAGGGUUUUGAAAAUGAAGAACAUACAGGGUUUUAUCAAACAAGCUUCUUAGUAGAUCUAAAGGUUUGAGACACAUUUUUGUACAAUGUAGAAUUUUAUUGAAAAGUUGUUUUUUUUUCAAAGUCUCAUUCUAUCCAAAGGAAAUUCAGCCAGUAAAAGAAAAGGUCAUGUGCUUGUUGUUUUGCAAGGCUGAUUCGAAAAUAUUGGUCAACUGUCAAUUUUCACUAUUGGCUUCUACUGAAAAUGUUCCACGAAGUAGAUUUUAUUGAAACUGUUUUUAGUUGUACAUUUACCUACUUUUAAUCAUAUGAUUAGAUAAAAGUGUAGGUUCAUGUGCUCAAUUUUUCCUAAUUCGUCAAAAAAAAAAAUUUGAGUCUUAAAAUUGCUGCUUAUAAAUUUUUCUUUUCUUUUUUUUUUUAAAUCAAAACACAUCUAUAGUAAAACUUAAUACAGUUCUACACACUUAAUUUUGGGCAUAUAAUAGAUUCCCAGCCACAUUAAAGUUACUGUAUAAUGGCUACCCAGCAUCAUUUUAGCUUGAACGAAUAAGUUACCUUACACUGUCACUUAAGAUUAAUCAGAUGUGCAGAACCACCUUAAUGAGUGAUGGGACGGGCUUGUCAUCUUAUUACUCAUGUAUAGUUAUCAAUGUAAUCUUCCAUGUGCCAUUUUGAAUCUCGUAUGAAAUAAAGACAAAAAACCUUUUAAAAUUGUUAAUGUUUUAUUGUUUUUCAAUUUUACAGAAAUGAAUAUUUCUACUUCUGUACAUAUUGAUAACCUACCGGUAUGCUGCGCAAUAAAUUAUCUACACGAUGGAACAGUAUGUUACACAAUAUGAGAGCAGCAAAACAGCAUAUAUAUGUAACAGCAUAUGUUGAUAAUACACAGUAACAGAUUAUAACGAACAAACAUGUUGUAAUGAAAAAUAUACCAGUAAAACUUGUUCAAUAUUCCUACCCAACCUAUUCACACACAGUAUAAUUCUUCCACUUAAUACAUGCUUUUCACAGAUUCUAGUUGAUUUACUGACUGACAUGGGAUAAACCAAUGCACAAUUCCGAGGUCCUGCACGACAAUUUUUACAAAUAAAAAGUUUUUGUUAUGAUUCAAAGGUAAAGCAACCUCCAUGAAAAUGACGAUGUUCACGAUAACAGACUGCAAUGUUUAUACUAUAUGUUAAUGUGUAUAUGUAGUCAUCACUUCGGUUGUAUAUUUAUCUUAAAUACUGAUGGUGAAACAAAUUCUUCUAACUAACUUACAAAUAUUAAAAGCAAGAAAUAUUUAUCUCUUAAGAGGGCCUCAUAACACUGAUUUAUCACCAGUGUCUUACUGUACAUUAGGUGAACUGCCAUGCUUUUCCAGUUUCACAACAUGAUAACUGAAGUAUGAUUGGUAGACGCCUUUAAAGGGACACACCUCCAGAUUUUUGUCAAAAUAUUUGAAAUAGACGAAACAAUCUAAUAUUUCAGAAAAUGUAAAGACUGUAUUGCUCGAAGUACAGGGAAAUAACUCUAUUUUUGUGUGUAAAAUAUGCACAAAGUCGUUAAUACGUUACACUGGUUAAAACUGUAAAACAGACAUGCUUUUAGAAGUACCUGGUACA